AUGAUGAUCCAUGUACAAGUCGAGGAAGGAAAACUGCUCCCGGCUGGUCAGAUCGAGGAGAGCUCACUUCAUUUGAAGGAAUUGGAAGACUUUAAAAAUCUGAAAAAAGGCGACGAAGGAAGAUUCGUUAAAAUUAAUGGGGAUGAUCAAGAAAACUUGGAACACGGCACCGAUUAUCAAUUUAUUCAUUUCGAUCAUCGCGACGUGAACCUGGACAAUGUCAACUCACCGCCAGGUUACGUUGUCACCGGAUUGAAGAUGUCUCAAGACCCAGAAACUAGCAAGGCUAUACAAUUGGACCUCUACAUUACACCUUUUAAUUUUUCAAAAGGCUUGCUCACUCCAACCGAUGACAAACUCUCCAAGUGGCUCACUCACAAGGACAUGCCGGGUCAUGAUCGCCCUUUUAUUGAACGUGUCUGUGAAGCUUAUUAA